ACAUAUUCAAAAUCAGUAGCUCCUCAGCUAUCUACUAAUAAUAGAAUGUUUGUACUUUGACAUCGAAUUCAAUAAGUAGCAGAUCAUGGAUUUCUCAUAACGAUAGUGGAAAUGACACUACCCUAGUGCAGUCGCAUCACCAUCCUUAGCCACCCUCAAAAACAAUAUACAAAUAUAUCAAAAAUGUUCCUCAGAUACUACGCUAUUUAUGCUAAUCUCACAAAAUCUCGCAACUCUUUUCGACGGUUUUAUGGAUUUUCCAAAACCCCUAGUGGUUUUCGGGUAUUUGAGAGAUUUAUUCGUCAAGAAAGCACUUUUUCGUACAAACAAGCCCAGAUUUGGAAUCAGUGUGAAAAACUACAUCUAGUGGACUAUGUAUUUGGACGCAUUUAAAAAGUCAAAUUCUUCUCUUACCCGUAGAUCAACACUUGUCCGCAAUGACGUUAAACUACGGGUCCGCAAUGACAAUGAAAUAUACAUUCAAGUAACAAAUUCAAACGGUUACAGUGAAUCGGCACAAACAACAGAACCACUUCGUAGAUGGAGUAAUAAGUAAAACACAGCAGUAUUCACUUUGUACAGAACAAAAUGGUUGGACAGCCAUAGAAUUUAAACGAAAACUUGAUACAUGUGAUACAACGGACGUACCAAUAAACUCGGGUACAAAUAUUUUGAUAUUUGCCUAUGGUUUAACUGAUGUUCGUGAUGGUGAAGACAUACAAUAUCAUGAUGAACGAAGUGGCUCUAAACUAAUACCAUUAUUAUCUUAUGUAAAUCCACCAGACGAUUCAAAAUUUAAUGGACCAGACACAUUUGAAUUUCGUUUAAAUAACUAUACAGUACCACCUACUGAUACAACAUAUUAUUGUAAAAUAUUUAAAAUACCAACGUAUGUAGAAAAACGUCAUGCUAUAGCUCAUAAAAUGUUAAUAAAUGAUAAAAAUCGUGGUUUAAUUCAUCAUUUAUUAAUAUAUGAAUGUGAUUCAACGUCUGUAUUUGAUGAUAACAAUCUACCGGAUGGCCUUUAUGAUACCGUAUAUACAUAUCUUGAAAAAUGUGCAUCAAAUAUUGAAUUGUUCAUUUAUUACACUAUCCUUAAGAUGGUCAAAUUUCCAGAAGAAGCUGGCUAUCCAGUCAGUGGUGAUUUUCCUGUCAAAUAUUAUUUAUUACAAAUGCAUUACGAUAAUCAAAACUUAUCAUCGAAUAUUAUUGAUAGUUCCGGUACGAGAUUUUAUUUAAUUGCCAAAUUAAGAGAAAAUGAUUUAGGUUAUCUAACUUUUGGAAAUGAGUCGGCUCUAAUAGGCAUAGCAAUACCUCCAAAUACAGAUCGAUUCAUCAUUGAUACGUAUUGCACUGCAAAUUUCACACAGAUAUUGCUAACACCGAGUAAUGACGUUGCUAAUAAUCCAAGUUGA